AGCUUGAGAUGCGUUGCCUUCCAUUUUAAAAACCCCAACCGCUGAAGAAAAACGCCAUUCUCUCUCUCUCUCUCUCGCACUCGAGAUUCCGUUUCGUCGGCUGAUCACAAUCGGAAUCUUAACCGUCGUUGUCGCGAAGAGAUCUUACGAUGUUUGGCGGUAUCUUAGGCCGCGGAUUUGCUCCCAAGGGGAAGCCACUGAUAAAACUGACUAAGAAUCGUAUCGAUGUUCUUCGGAGGAAGAGGACUGCUACGAUCAGGUUUCUCAAGAGUGAUUUAGCUGAUCUCAUCUCUAACGGCCUUGACGUCAAUGCUUAUAGCAGGGCGGGAGGGCUUCUUGAUGAACUAAGGCAUCUCUGGAAUAUUGAUUUCGUUGAGAGUACUUGUGAUUUCGUGUAUAAGCAACUCUCUACGAUGCAGAAGACGGAGGAAUGUCCAGAAGAUUGUCGUGAAGCUGUGGCGUCUUUAAUGUUUGCAGCCUCUGGAUUUUCUGAAUUGCCUGAGUUGCGUGAGCUGAGGCAGAUGUUUCACGAGAAAUAUGGAGAUUCACUUAGUGUGUUUGUCAACCAAGAGCUUGUUGAGAGUAUGUCAUCAAAGCCAUUUUCUUUGGAGAAGAAAGUGAAGUUGAUGGAAGAUGUUGCAUCGGAGUUUGCUAUUCGUUGGGAUUCUAAAGCAUUUGAGAAGAGGAUCUUGAGACAAAAUGGUAGUUCAGUAAAGGAGACCCCAAAAAAUUCUUACGAUAAGCACAAGCCUGUAGACGGAAGGAUGGCCUUGCCACCGGAAAGGAAAAAGGAUGUUGCAUCAGAAAGAAAAGAUCCUCUGUUUCGACCGGAUAACUAUCAGAAUGGUCUCAGAGAACAUCAGCAUGGGGUAACAUCUAAAGAUAAGUCAGAUGAUGUUCGUCACGCUUCCAGAUCGGAAAGCAAGGAUGACAAGGCGGAAAGAAAUGAGUUCCAUUUGCAACCUAAGCACAAAUCUUCCAGAGGAAGACCUCAGCCUAUUUUUAACGAAGGUGACACUAUAGUAAUGAAGAUCAAGCGUGAGAAUCUCGCUCAAGGGAUUGUACAUCAAAAUGGUGAAGCUGGUGCGGCUAAGAAAACAGAGGUGACAGAGAAGCCGAAGCGUAGCAACACCAAAACAGAAGAUAAGCUAGUUAUUGGCUUUAAACAAGAAAGUUUCUUGAAAGCAUUCAAACAUGAGAAUGAUGAAGAUCAUGUGCCUCAGAAGGUGGAAGAUAACCUCUCAAUGCCUCCAAAGCCUAGGUCGAAAAGAACAGUUCGCAAGGAUCAGGAGAGUAGAAGAGAAAAUACAGUUCCUGUUGGAGAUGGCACAGAUGAUUUAUCUGGUGGUAACGUCAAUGUUCGUGGAUAUGAUCCAGCAAGGAAGCUUGAGGAGCGAGAAACAGAGAGAAUGAUGAAAGCACCCGCACCCGUACCUAAAUCCCUUCCGCCACCUCCGUAUGUUAAAUCGAGUGGUAAAGCAAAGAAUGAAAAACCUGAAGCUUCAGCUAAUCCAAAGGCUCGGUUUGAUGGUGAAGAAAGAAACCGUCCAGACAUUGAUAAAAAGGCUUCUGAAGCAGGUCAGCAUCAAGUGAAUGCCAUAGACGAUCAAUCUCAGAAGCGGCGAUCUAGUAGACGAAAGCACAUUAAACAAUCAGGUGAUGAUGAUGAUGAUGAUGAUGAUACAAGAACCAACAGAAGAAGGGAACACUCAAGAAAAGGCCUUCAAGUGUUAAUAGAUGAAGAUGAGAAGGACAGUGAGGAAAAGAUGAUGGAUAAACUUCUGAUGCAUUACAGUAAAAAGCCAUCAAGUUAUGAAGAAUCUAAAAGCAGACGUUCACAUCAUAGAAAAGCCGAAGGUGAAGAAGAGAGUCAUCAUCCAACUCGGUCAAUUAGUCUUCCAAGUGAACAAAUGGCCGGACCAUCUGAAUCCGCAAAAACGUUUGCUCGUGCCUCCUCGCUUCAGCCAGAACGUAGUGAAGCUAAGCACGUUCACCCAAAGUUACCGAACUAUGAGGAUUUGGCUGCCAGAUUGGCAGAGCUAAAAGGAAGGUAAAUGUUUUGAACAGUUUAUGCCUUAGAGAAACAUAGUGUCUGUAUGAGAUUAAAUUCUAUUAUUACCCAUUACUUACUUCUUACUAUUACUUCCCCCAUUGUUGGUCUGACACAUUGUUAUGGACCCCCAAAGAGUUAUUGAUCAUCUGUUUGCC